ACUUACAUUACAAAGCAAACAGACAGAAAAAGGUCAAAUGUUAACUGAGGGCAUCAAAUACAUUUGAGUUCACAUCACACCCCAUUUUUCCUUUCCUCAAGAACUCCACUCUGUUCCUUCUGUUAAAUUCUGUUGGCUAAAGUUUCAGCUUUCUUGGAAGGAAAAAAAAUGACCAAACAGGUUCUUCUUUUGAUCAUAUUGGGCUCUGGAUUGACCCUCUCAGUCUCAGAGUCCCAAUCUGCUCCUCUACAGCCUCAUGCUGCUGAGUCCUUCAAUAUUAGCUAUAUCCAGCUGAAGAACGUGGGCACUUGUUCUUACAAGGUGAUUAUCUCUACUAGUUGUUCGUCUCCUACGUAUACAAGAGAUCGGAUUGGUAUUGCUUUUGGGGAUGCUUAUGGCAAUCAGAUAUACGCACCAAGACUGGAUAAACCAUCUUCCCGUAGAUUUGAGAGGUGUUCUUCAGAUACAUUUCAGAUAAGUGGUCCAUGUGCAUAUCAGAUAUGUUAUGUGUACCUAUAUAGAUCUGGAUCAGACGGUUGGAAACCUGACACUGUGAAAAUCAGUAGUUAUAAUGGCAGGCCUGUUACUUUCUAUUACAAAAAAUUCAUCCCCAGAGAUAAGUGGUACGGGUUUAAUUUGUGCAAUGACGCAUCUUCUUCGCGCCAUGUAUCUACUCAGAAAUGGCUUAUAUGUAUGGUUCUAGGAUUUGUUCUUAGUUUUUGGUUGUAAGUUUAUGUACUUUUCAUCUUUCUGUUUUUCCUGUAACUUGUAGCCAUUAAACUUAGUACUAAUCAUAUGACCUUUUUUGUUUUUUAAUUCUUGUCUGCUUUAUGAUCAGUUUAAUGUUUGAACAAGGAGGGGGCCCUAUUAAAGA